GCUUCCUCUGGUUACCUUAUUACCUGGCCUGCAAUUUGAUCUCAGCAACUUGCAAGGGUCUAGAGAUCUUCAUCUCUCGCCAACUUUAGCUCUGCCUCUCGCUAAUCGCCCCUCCUAAUUUUCGUCAGCUCGCUCACAGUAAGAGAUAUCAUGCCUCGGGCCUCCCAGAGCCAUGCUAUCGCGAUGAGAGAGUUCAUCGACGAGUGCAUGAACGUCCUUUCACAGGUUCCCCCCGACCACCACUGCUGCUCACGCCCUGGCUCUAGCUCUAGCUCUAGCACCGUAGAGAUUUACCCGCACGUACCACCACCUCACGAAAUAGUCUUUCCCCCUUCAUCUUCAAGAGGCUAGCGCCUCGUAACCUGGUCGCUUACGCUCUCGCAAAAGAGAAACAAAAGAAAAAUUACACAGUCUUGCCCGCGAUGCGUAAAAGGCGGUCACCGAUUGGUGAAGACAUAACUACACGGCAACGGCGUCGCAACUUGCAAAACCGGACUAUCAGGCCCCUCAAUGCUACUACGAGACGAACACGUUCGCUACCCGUUCCUGCAGUGCGUCAACCAUUGCCAAUGCUGGAUAAGGAGGACCAUCUUGGCUGGCAAGAACCACUAUCGGUGUGGAACCAAAAUGCACCUCGCGUCUACAUAUGUGUCGUCCUCUGCUUUCCGUGCGAUAACCACCGGCGGCAGGACGCGAUUCACCACAUCGAGGCCGCCCUAAAACGACUGGCAAAGGAGAGGCCAGUAUUCGCCGGACGACUCCACGCUAGCAGUAACAACGGCAGCGUAUUGCUUCGCCAGUCCCCACAACAAGACAUUCCUUUCCAGGUCCUCCCCGCAAACGAGACGAGCCAACGGGAGUACGCACGCAUGAAGGAUGCCGGGUUUCCUCCAGGCAACUUUGUUCAUCCUCGAUACGCCGUCCCGGGCAGCGUGAGCUCUAAUCUUGAAUCGAUACCGGUAUCGAAAGUUCAAGCAGAGUUCCCGUCGGGCGGUUUACUACUUUCUAUCUUCCUACACCACGGGCUGGUGGACGGGGGAUCACUACGCGUUUUCUUGGAAUGUUUUGCCGCGCAGACUCGAAAUACGCCAGUUAACAUGCCUUCUGACCAGACGUUUCCGAUGACACAUGUCCGGGGCCACAAAGGCCCGUUUAAAGUACGCGACUAUUCUACAUUUACGGGUCUGUUGACCGGAUGCCCGGAAUAUACUAUGCUACACGACCUCAGCGGCCCAACGCAGCCGCGGCUUUUGAAGAAUGGGAUGGCUAUGGCACAUAUCGAGAAGAUAGGCAAGAUCUUCGUUUUCAGCAAAGAGCGGUUACAGGAGCUCAGGGAGCUAAUUCGCUCUAGAAAUGGAAAGGCGGAACUUCCGUCCGCGUACACAAGUUUGGCCGCGCUUGCGUUCGCGCAUAUUACGAAAUCUCGCGUAGCAGCCGAGAGGUAUCUGCCGGGAGUUCACCAUAGGGGCAAUGCGAUGUUAUGGAAUUCGGUGAAUUGGAGGACGAGGGCCUUUCAGGGCGCUACGGACAACUACUUUGGCAAUGCGGCCCUACCGGCUGUUACGAAGGCGUCGAUGGCCCAAUUACACGCGGCGUGCGACGACGACGACGAACUCGCCCGUCUGGUACCGCUCAUCAAAACAUCGAUAGACGCGGUCGACCAGGAAUACGUCAGUCGGCGGCUGGCUAUGCUAUCCGAGGUGCCCGACCCACGCUUACUGGGGGUCAACUAUGACCCACGGAUGCCUGAAAUGUUGGCAUUUAAUACAUGGAGGCACUUCGGGGCGGAUGUCGAGUGGAACAUCCCGGGAGUGCCCGCGACGAAGGCGGACGCGAUCAGGAGAGCCCACGGGUCGUGGAAUCUCGGGACGUGCUUAAUACUGCCGGCCAGGGCGGACUCGACGAAGCAGGAACUAUUCGUGAGCUUGUCGGUUGAUUCGAUGAGGCUUCUGUGCGCGGAUGAGGGAUGGACGAGGUGGAUUGAUAGGAUCAUAGGUUGAAUAAUGAUGAGGCUGCAACCACUAUAAUGUAAUUAUCUAAUGCCUUUGAUCCCUGCACCUUGUCGAUGAUCUACUCACUUCUCAUUUCCGUGGCAG